CCUCGUCUCGAAAUGUAUUCAAUAUCCGCUCAAACUAAUAUGGCAGACACUUUCAUUGCUAGAGACAAUGAAAGCAAAGCCAGAUACUCGCCAAACAAUACCAACAGACCUGUACUCAACACAAGUCCACUCAAGAGGAAAGCUGCAAAUGAGGAUGAAGGCGAACCGACGGAAAAGAAAAAAUUUGCGAUGAAUUUUAACAUAAAAAAACCUAUGGAUAAUGUGCAAUUUGGUAGUAGUCCAAAACAGAGUGUUCUGCCUAUAAAAAUGUCUCUGUCAUCCCAGAAACCAAAGGAAACAUCAGCUACGGUCAAACCAAAAACAGCAGCAGUUGCUAAAGCGUUUGCAGAAGAUAGUGAUGAAGAAGAGAUGCCACCUGAAGCAAAGAUGAGGAUGAGAAACAUUGGAAGGGACACACCUACAGCUGCUGGACCUAAUUCCUUUGGAAAGGGUCGUCUCGGAUUCUGUGAUAGACAGAAGAUGGUAGAGAAGGAGAUUAUCAAACAUAUAGAGGAAGUUGGAGAGGACUGAAAAUUUUCCUCUUUUAGAAUUUUUGCAGUUUUUGCCAAUCCAAGUAGAGACUCUUUUACUUUUGCAAUGCAAUCAUGCACUACAUUCAAUAUCAUAGAGGUGUGAGUGAAUCUGAGGCAUACCAUGACAUGGCACUUCAGAAAGGCUGUUGAAUUUCACACAAAGACUGGACCAAUGGAUACCUAUAGGAGUUUUAAAUCAUUCCAUAUGUGAGUUAAAUCCUUCGUUAAGGUUGAAUAUUCAUCUACAGCAAUAGCUCCCGAAAGUACAUGGUUUUGCUAUUGCUCAUAAAUCUUAUGAAACUAAGGUGAUGAAGAAUUUCCCUUAUUUUUCCCAACUGAAUAUUUAAAAGUUAUAGUACUGUACUGUAAAACAGUUAUUUAUCUGAGAAGGGGAUACACCAGUGACUGGAUUAAAGUGUAAAAUCUUGUUGGUGAAAGUUUUAGGACUUGCUAUGGUUAAGCUGCUGAAUAAAAUGUUGUAUAUGUCAAAGUGCAGUAUAGAGAUCUGCCUCACUACAGAAGAGCUUGACAGAGUUACUCUAAUAUAUUUAUGAAAUACAGUGUUAUGAAUUUUCAUCGUUCAAAGAUGAAAAAAAAGUCUGAAUGAAAUGCUCAACAAUUGAAUGUCUUGACAGGAAAUUUUAAUCUGAAUAUUGAUUUACGUGGUUAUCAAAUUAAAAUCUGAUUCUUCGGUGUUUUUAGUUUGUACAAUUUUACUUUAGUGGAAGGUACAUCUGCUCUAUACGUCACUUAUAACUUGUUGUCUUUUAUUUUCUUCCCUUCUUAGUUUUUUUUGUCAAUGCUAUUAACUAAGAUAGUGGAAUAUGUUUUUUAUAAAAGGGCAACAUGCUUUGCCUUCUAUCACUCUAGGAUAAUUUUCCUCUUGCUUUCAACUUUGCCUUCCUACUGAAAAUAUAUAUCCAGAUAGAUAUGUUAUCUACCUACUAAAGAGCUGUUUCCAAACCAGCUCUGUAAUGAUUACUCUAUAAAUUGAUUCAGUGUUGUUUUCCCAAUAGAUGUGCGACUUUUGUCAAAACUACAAGAAUACAAACCUAACCAGUGAUCCAUGAUUUAAUUCUGUCCAUUUUUACAUGCUGAUUGAACCAAAUUGUAAUUAUGUUUCCCAGUUCAAUUCCUCUCACUUGGUAAUCCUGAUCAAAGUAUGAAUGAUACAGCACUUGGCAAUCUAUUAUGAUCUAUCGCUUACUGUAUAACUUGAUAACUCAACAAAAUCAUAGAUAUCUGGAUCAUAAAGGGAAAAACCAGUAUUGUGAAUGAAACACAAUAUCUUUUAAUUCUAAAUUCCUCUUUAAACUGGAGUAUGUUGAUCAUCAGAACAAAAGUACUGUAUCUGUAUCACACAAGGUAUAGCAUGUACCUCAUAUUGUACAUUUUGUAAUAGGGAUGUGGUGCAAGUAAUGGCUUGGGGUAUUAAGGUUAUUGUUCUUAAUACUGGUCAGAAAACAAGGUUGUGUAGAAUUGAUAUCAUUAGUUCAGUUAAUUUUCUGUAUUGUUAUAACUGGUAUAUUUACUGCCAUUUAAAGUACAGGAAUGGGCACCCAAUUUGAUUGAUGUCAGAAAUCACAGUGACAUCAUGUUUUAUGAUGAUAUAAUACAUCAAUUACCCUGAAAUGUCUUGUUAACGUACAAUGUAUAUUCUUCAUAAAUACUUUCAGGGAUAUACAAUAUAGAGGGAAACUAUGCCCAUUGGUAACUUCUCUGGCAUUAGCUUUCGUGUUGUGCACUGGGCCAUGAAAUCCUCUCUUCACUAGUUUGUUAUCUAAAUUUAUCUACCAAUACACCAUUUUUUUCUAUGCUGAUAGGCCUCACCACAGUCAUUGUUUGGCCAGUGAGAAGUGAAUUCCAUUUUUGUAACAAAAAUAACAGAAAUUGACUAAAGUGACUUAUCACAAAAGUGACACAUGUCAGUUGGAAAAACUUAGAUUUUAGAUGUUAUCUAUUUGAAAAUUAUUUGCUUCAUAAUUUUGACUGAAAGUGAUACACAAUAUAGCGUGAUAUUUCAGUUGUAGAUAGCCUAAACAUGCAUUUUGUUUUAUGAAUAUCAAAAGUUGAAAGAAUUUCUUUGUCACAAAAGCUAACACAAUCAAUUUCAAAAUAAUACAGGUUUCUACUGCUGUUUAUUUUGAAAAGAAUAGUUACCCGGUACAUACUUUUUCAGAUAAAUGAUUUGUAAACACAGCAAGACUACAGCUAGUUCACACAAGCUUCUUCCCUAAAGCGUUGCAAAGAGAUACAGGCAUUUUUUAUCCCUCUGUAUUAUAUGUCCCUUUCAUUUUGUCAAGAAAAAAGUACAUGUAUUACUCCACAAGUAUUUUAACUACAAAAUGUGUGUUACAAAUCGGCAACAGCCUUAAUGAAGGGAGAUAAUCUAUCACAAAAAAAAACAGUCUGUAGCUUCAGAGGAAAUAAACCAUUUUAUGAUAAAAUUGGUACAAAAAAAGCAAAUCUGGAGGCUUUCCUGGUAGUUUUAACAUGACGAAUGAAAGUAUUCUUAUAAUUUAUUUGGUGAAUACCAAAAAAUUUAAGAAAAGUUUUUUUCUGCUUUAGAGGAAGAGAUGGUUUUUUCAAUGUUUGUCUUUUUCUUUUUUGGUCUUUUUUAAAUUUCACUGCAAGGUAUAUUUAUGGUAUGAAGAAUUUCAUUACUCAUAGAAUUGUCUUCUUUUUUUUUUAAUAAUGUCUGGUAUUAUUUUAGAAUUCAAAUAAUUUUCUAUUACAAUAUAUGCAUGUUAUCAAUUAAAGUUGUUUUUCAUCCUUUAGCUUCUUUUAAGUAUUUGACCUGAUAAUUUAAUCACCAAUAUAAAUUGUUAUAAUUAGAAAUAAUCAUUAUUUCAGUUCAUGCUAUUAACGGGGGUUGGAGGAUUGAUAUUUCAAAUUUGUAUAUUAUUUAUAAUGGAAACUCUUAAUGUAUUAAACAUUGCAAGGCAGUCUCAUUGCCUUCAGUCGUAGUUGUUUGGGAAACAGUUUGAGGUAUUUGAAUUUUAAUCAGAUUUACAUUAUACUUGUUGAGAACACUAUAAAAACACACUUUAAUCAUCUUUUAUUCAACUUUUUUAAUAUCAUUAUGGUAGUGUUAGAGAGUGCCCUUUUAAACUAUAAAGGCUUUUUCACAAAAAAUAUCUUUUAACUUAUAAUCUUACUCAUUUGACAGAUUUCUUUAACUUGAAAAUGUUAUGUGCAUCUGCAUAUCCAAAUGCAUCAUGCAUGACCUUGUGGUUUCAAAAAUAAAAUGGAGCCAGUAAUG